AUGUCCAAACCAUAUGACCAAGGCGCACCGCCUCAAUACCCUCAGAAUCCAGCGCCUGUUCACUACGACGCUGGUCCUGCUCCUGGAGGCAUGCAACCCUCAUACUAUAACCAAGGUGGCGGUGCCCCUGAUUACUACGGCGGAAGCCCGAACCCUUAUCAGCAAGGCCAACCAGGACCGUACGGUCCGCCACAGGGCCAGUACGGCCCUCCUCAAGGACAGUAUGGUGGACAACAGAUGCAAUACCAACAGGGACCGCCUCCACCCGGUGGAUAUUACCAGGACGAUAGGAGGCAUGAUGGCGGAGGUGGCGGGCUCUUUGCUGGAUUGUGCGCGGGUCUGGCGUGUUGUUGUUGUUUGGACUGCUUGUUCUAG